CCCCACUUGUUUUAGGCUGAACAAAACACGUUCUUGUUUCAGACCUGGAUAGACGUCAGCGUGCAGCGUUGGGUCCCUUUGUCAUUAAUUAGUAUAGAGGUUUCAAUGCCCUUAACGGUAUAGCUGCAUUACCAACACCGGAAUACCAUACUGGCUGCCAAAAAAAUAUAAUACCGCUGAAAAAAAAAACGGGAAAAUUAGUAUAACUGGAAUUUCAUCCCUCGUUAUUAAGCACUGACAUCACUGCGUUAUCAUGGAGUGGACAUUCAUAUUUGCAACACUGCUAGCGAUUUUCACGCUAACCUCCGUAAUGGCAAACGAAAGGGCGCACCGAUCGGUGCAUCAAACUCGAACCUUCAACAGGGACACGGGGUACUCAAAAUGGCCGAAUCCGAGUAGCAUCUAUUAUUACAUGGAAUUAAACGCUUACUCUCUCCUUGAGCAGAAAUACAUAACAGAUGCAAUGGAUCAAUUUGCUCUUGAUAUGCAAAACUGCAUUAGAUUCGUACCGAUUGCUACAUCCGACUCCAACUUUAAUUCUAUGUAUAAAAUACGGAUUACACCUUACACCUACGACUCCAGUGGAAACCAAGUUCUCCAAUCUGUUUGUUCAUCAUUCCCGGGGUUGAGCAACGCCAUCGUUAAUACGAACGGCAAGGAACAGCCCAUGUAUAUUACGAGAGGUCAAUAUGGAUGUCUGGAUGGCUCGAAACACAAUAUUAUGAAAUACCUUGCCAUUGUCACGCAAAAACGUAACGAGCAUCAGAGGGGAGACCGCGAUUCAUUUAUCACGGUUGACACAACUAAGCUGAAUUCUCAGCUAACGGCUGCAUACCGGCUUUUCAACACAAGCGAAGCGUACUGGGACUUGUAUCCUUAUGAUUACUGUUCUAUCACCCACAAUCAGUUCAGCGAUUACGCUGCAGUUCCCGGGACGGCAGCAUUCGCGGUUAAGAAUGCACCGAACGGAAUCCCGAAAUGGGAGCAUCUUAGCACCACAGACUGCCUAAUUCUAAACACGAUCUACCGAUGCCCAGCUACUACAUGCGUAAAUUACGAUUGCAACGCAGCAAUGGCGAGCGCUGCCGGGGCUACCACGACCACUACGACGACGACAACUACAACGAGAACUACGACACCAAGCACCACAACACGCACUUCAACACCCACAACAACAACUAGAACCACAACCACUCCGACAACCACAAGCACCACAACUACUCCCACUACAACUACACGAACUACCACACCCACCACCACCACCACAUCCACCACGCCGACGACAACUACCACCACGACUCCGACGACAACGACAACCACGUCUACUACGACGACUCCAACGACAACCACAACUACUCCCACUACUACUACCACGACCACCACACCGACGACCACCACAACAACCUCCACGACAACAACUACCACCACACCCACCACUACUACCACCACGACUCCGACGACGACCACGACCACUCCGACAACUACCACCACCACUACCACAACGCCGACAACCACAACUACCACCACGCCGACGACUACAACAACAACUCCCACAACGACUACUACCACUACGCCCACAACGACUACCACCACGACGCCGACGACAACAACAGCAACUACCACUCCAACAACGACAACUACCACUACGCCCACAACCACUACCACCACGACGCCGACGACGACAACGACCCCGCCGACCACUACUACCACAACGCCAACAACAACAACCACCACCACCACACCCACUACCACUACUACCACAACGACUCCUACGACGACAACUACUACACCGACAACCACAACAACUACACCGACUACUACAACCACAACAACUACAACCCCAACGACGACGACAACCACGCCCACUACGACUACCACGACCCCAACCACCACCACUACUACAACUACGCCGACGACAACAACUACCACUCCAACGACGACGACGACUACCACCCCGACGACUACCACAACCACGCCUACAACGACCACCACCACCACAACUACCACCACCACGACAUCUACCACAACUAACCCAUGUCCCCUAAGCCGAUUUUGCACAACUGCGCCGGAUGAAUCCGGAGCUUUUAGUGGACCAUAUUCAACUGAACAAGUGUUCACCAUGUAUUCAGGUCAGUGCCAACUGCAGUACACGAUUAGCGUUAGUGGACAAAUAAUCCCGUCUGGAAAUCCGACAUUAAUCACUACUGCUACCAAAAUUUCAUCCACAAACCCGCCGCCAGUCGAUUUGGACUACAUUUCCAAUCUCGACCAAAACACUGGCGAAUAUACUAUGAGCAUGUUGAAUAAGGGAUCCGGUCAGGAAGUUGACUGCUCGCCAGUUUUCGGCGGGAAUCCUGUAGCUCUGCAAACUGACCCUACCUGCACCGGCCCGUCGGCGACGUCAUUGCCAACCUCUGUGUACCCGUCGGUUACAAGCCAAACGGAUUAUCUGGUACCAAACGGACCGCCUUUUCCAGUUCCACAUUUGGCUGUCGAUGGUACUCAAAUGGGUUUGGCAUUGUGGGACACCACCUAUUCCACCCGCUACUUUACCGACACCACCACCCUUAACGCACAAAGCGUGAUACUAAAGGUUACUGCUAUCCAGUACUUUCAAGAUCUGAUAACCUUUACGGGUGAUAAAAUUGCGGUGUUCGGCGUUGGUUCGGACGGUACAACGCCUUACGUUGGAUUUUUGGAUGCUACCGGCUUACCGCAGAGUGUAACUCCUGCGCCUACAACCUAUGACUCACCCCUGACGUGGACUCCCGCGACUCCAGUUAAACUCAACACUGUCAUGCAAGGCUGUUAGCCUAUCAUCCGUUUUCUGUCACGCUCAAGCAGUGGAACCACCGGAUAUUUAGUAAUACAGUAAUAUCUGAUCUGCAAAUUACAAGCUGAAUUAAGAUGCAGUUUGGACAUACUCUGGGUUACGAAACAAAAAAGAACAUUUUCAAAUGAAUCGGGUCUAUUGAACCAGGGUCUCCGGGUGCUGUAUAAAAUGUCUCGUCAAAAUUGUAGAAUAUUGUGAUUACGUAAGGUCAUGUCAUUUAUUAGUUAUCAUAUCUCUCAGCGCGUGAUCGCAAGUGAAAUGGUGAAAUACAGAAAUACACAAUUUGUUUGAUUUUUAUUGGUCUGGGACGAAAUGAAUGUGCAGUCUGCUCAUGAAAUUUUAGUUUACAAGCUUCGAA